AUGGCUAGCCGAACGAAUAUUGCACGAUUGACAAGGCAAAAUGUCUUGAGAUCUGUCCACAAUGUGCAAAAUCCUCCUGUAUCGUCACGCGCCUAUUCUGCGCUUGCCUUGACUUCGCAAAGAGCUCUUUUGCGUCCUCAACGACCAGUGCAAUUCACCAGAGUCCAGUCUCCCGAAUUCAAGUUGUCUCUUUUGGACAGGAAACAAACUCGCCAUUAUGCGGACACUAUUGUCAAGGUGCCUGAGAUGGCCGAAUCUAUUACAGAGGGUACAUUGAAGCAAUUCUCAAAACAGGUUGGCGAUUUCGUGGAACGUGACGAGGAAAUUGCGACAAUUGAAACCGACAAGAUCGACGUCGCUGUCAACGCUCCCGAGUCUGGUACCAUCAAGGAACUCCUCGUCAGCGAAGAAGACACCGUCACUGUUGGCCAGCCAAUCGUAAAACUCGAGCCCGGCUCCGGCGGUGAAGCUGCUGAGAAGCCCAAGCAUGAGCCUGCCCCAGAAAAGAAGGAAGAGAAGACCGAAGCCUCUCCGUCCAAGCCAGAGACCAAGGAAGCUGCUCCUUCAAAGCCCGAGCCUGUCAAAGAAAAGCAACCUGAGAGGCCCAAGCCUACAGAGCCCAGGAAGGAAGCCGAACCUAGCACACCUGCCCAGGCUGGCGGCCGUGAAGAGCGACGUGUCAAAAUGAACCGUAUGCGACUCCGUAUUGCCGAGCGUCUCAAGCAAUCCCAAAACACCGCUGCUUCCCUCACCACAUUCAAUGAAGUCGACAUGUCCUCUCUCAUGGAAUUCCGCAAGUUGUACAAGGAUGAUGUCUUGAAGAAGACCGGUGUCAAGCUGGGUUUCAUGUCUGCAUUCUCUCGUGCCUGCGUCCUUGCUAUGAAGGACUUGCCUGCUGUCAAUGCUUCCAUUGAAGGACCUAACGGGGGUGACACUAUUGUCUACCGUGACUAUGUCGAUAUCAGCGUUGCUGUUGCUACUGAGAAGGGACUCGUUACCCCUGUUGUGCGCAACGCUGAGGGCAUGGAUUUGGUUGGAAUUGAGAAGGCUAUUGCCGAUCUUGGAAAGAAGGCCCGUGACAACAAGUUGACCAUUGAAGAUAUGGCCGGCGGUACUUUCACCAUCAGCAACGGGGGUGUUUUCGGUUCAUUGAUGGGCACUCCCAUCAUCAACUUGCCUCAGACAGCUGUUCUCGGUCUUCACGCUAUCAAGGAGCGACCAGUCGUCGUCAACGGCAAGGUCGAAGUCCGCCCUAUGAUGUACCUCGCUCUCACCUACGACCACCGUCUGCUCGAUGGCCGGGAGGCCGUCACAUUCCUUGUCAAGGUCAAAGAAUACAUCGAAGACCCUCGCCGAAUGCUCUUGGGUUAA